AUGGGUUCAGCUGCCGAUUUUUCCGGCUUAUUUUUUACUGUUAACAUUUUGUCGGCGCCGACCGGACGCCGUGUGCGGACACCAGUACGCCGACCAACAACAACAUCCUCACAUCGAUCGGACACCGUCUGCCAGGAUCAGCACGUCGUCUGCCGACAUCAUACCUCUCUUCCACCCUUUUUUUGUUUCUUAUUGUUAUUUUUCUAUCACAUAAAUAUACCUAUAUUACUUCUAGUUGACAAAGACAAUUGA